GUAUAACACAACAGAUUUAUAAACAGAUAGUUUUGUUUCGUUGUUGACACACAAAUACGUACAAAGCAUAGAAAAACGGACGUAAAUGAUGAUGAUGAUGCAUACCGAGUGGAAGAUCGUCACGUUCCAAACAUGUUUCACUCUGCUGCGUCUCUACAACUGAAACAGAAUUUAAAUACUUUCUCUUCCAUUUUUUAAAAAAAGAAAACAUUUCCUCAUCCGUUAAGACAUUUGUGUUUUUGAUAUUGUCUGAAGCAGACGUUCGAAUUAGCUAAAGGAGAGACGGAGAGAGUUAUUAGUUCGAUAUAUUAAUAUACGGCGCUUGCAACAUUUUUUAAAAAGUAAUAAUGUCACUUGCAGUGAAUUAUUUCGAUAGAAACGGAAAAAUCUUUACGAUGCUUUUCUACACGAUAUUGUUGUGUAUAGUCACAACGUGUUGCUUGUAUAUUCUCUCCAAAAUUGCGAUGAAAAUCCGAUAUCAUUAUCAUUUCAAGUGCCAUAAAAACUACUUCCGAAUGGAUGGGAAAACGAUACUUAUUACUGAAGCUACUUCGGGUACAGGUAGAUCCAUUGCCGAGUAUCUUGUUGCGCAGGGUGCCAAAGUAAUCAUGGCCUGUAGGAAUAUAUCUAAAGCGGAGGAAGUCGCCGAUGAAAUUCGAAAUUCAACCGGUAUAGACCCUAAAAUGUUAAGCGUUGUCCAUUUGGAUUUUAUAGACCUCAACAGCGUCCGAGAAUGUGCUAAAAAAAUCACUGCAUCGGAAGAUCGAAUUGAUGUAUUGUUCAACAACGCUGGAUUAGGACUAAGUCCUUUUAAAUUAACGAAACAAGGGUACGAUUAUGUAUUUGGCGUUAAUUACGUGGGACCAUUUCUGUUAACCUAUUUACUGAUCGAUCUACUGAAGAAAUCUUCUCCCAGCCGAGUUAUCAACGUUAUUCCGUGUGGUGACACGUUCCUCAAAGAAGAACCAGAUUUUUCACGACAACUAACACAAGAAUCAGACAUCAAAUAUCCAAACCUGUUUGGUUAUAACAUGAGCAAGUUGGCUCAGAUUUGGCACGCUAAAAUCUUAAGCGAAAAACUGAAAGAUUAUCAAGUGAGCACAAUCAGUGUUCACACUGGGUCUGGUUCCAAGAUAACAACAGAUCAGAAGAUGCUGGCGAAGAUAGUCUCCCGUUUUUUCGAUUUGAUAUCUAGAAAAUUUAACAUGUUACCUAGAGAUGCCGCUUUGACUGUUGCCUAUUUGGCUAUGGAUCCCAACUUGGAGGACAUGUCUGGUCAAUAUUUUGAAAACAUGAAAAUUUCUCAAAAUUUGAGUCCUUAUGCGAAAGACAAACAACUAGCCCAGAAAAUGUGGGACGUUUCCAUGGAAAUGUGUGGACUUUGUAAAAAAAACGAGUAGAGUUUUUCAUGGGGCGUCCUCCUUCGCGUUUUGUUUUGAAACAUGCUUGUUUAUCAUUAUUAUUACCAUUAUUAUUAUUAAAAAUAAUACUCAUUUCUUAUUUAGGCAUAAGGGCAGUAAUUUUGAGGCGGGGAAUAAGUCGAUACCACGGGACCUGCAAAUACUUGACUGGUGUUUCAUUUAAUCGAUCUCCAACGGAUGGAAGGCAAUCCCUCCGAGGUUAACUUUGUUUUCCACCCUCUCGGGGUCGAUAAAAUAACCAUCAGUUGAGUACUGGCGUCGAUGUAAUCGACUUAACCCCCAUCCACGAAGUUGCUGGCCUUGUGCCAAAACUUGAAAUCAUUGAUAUUAUUGUUGUUAUAAUUUUUUUCAUUGAGAAAAAGUAAAUUAUAAAUAUAAAAAAACA